AUCAGCCCGCGCGGCCGCACGCCGGGCCGCGAGGGGACGGAGCGAGGUCGGUUGCACCAACACCGGUACUUAGGCGUGGAUCGGCGUGCCCUUGGGCUUAGAGAGCGGGACGUCCGGUUUGCGAGCGCGAGCUCUUGUAUCGCGCGCGGAAAAAGCGAUAUAAAAUGGGUGACGUUGAGAAGGGCAAGAAGAUUUUUGUUCAGAAGUGUGCCCAGUGCCAUACUGUGGAAAAGGGAGGCAAGCACAAGACUGGGCCAAACCUCCAUGGUCUAUUUGGGCGAAAGACGGGUCAGGCCCCUGGCUUCUCUUACACAGAUGCCAACAAGAACAAAGGCAUCACCUGGAAAGAGGAAACACUGAUGGAAUAUUUGGAGAAUCCCAAGAAGUACAUCCCUGGAACAAAAAUGAUCUUUGCUGGCAUUAAGAAGAAGACAGAAAGAGAAGAUUUAAUAGCUUAUCUCAAAAAAGCUACUAAUGAGUAAUAGUUGGCCACUGCCUUAUUUAUUACAAAACGGAAAUGUCUCAUGCCCUUUUUUAUGUGUACCAUAUUUAAAUUGAUCUCAUACACUAGAAUUCAGAUCAUGAAUGGCUGAUAGAAUAUUUCUGUUGAACAGUCCUGAUUUAAAUAAGAUUGGCUUGUGGCUAAAUGGAUACAAUAAGCUUUUUGAAUUUUGGUAGUAAUUCUGGUUCAGCAAGUUAUCCCUGUUUUCCCCUUCUAAAGAUGUGAUGGAAUUUGAUUGGUGAUGUUCAGCUUUUCACAGAGAUGUUGAAUGCCAUCUCAAAACCUGUAGGAGAUUGGUUCUAUAUUUAGAUUUAUAUAACUGGUUAUAGUAAUAUAUUUAAAUACUGAGGCAAUCACUGUCUCAGAACAGAGCAAGACUCACCUGUUUCAAGUUUUGUUCAUUAGCCUGUUAAAGGCAAGGGCUGAAGAUAAGCUGGCAGUGUCAACUUUAUCUUUUUGGUCUUAACUAUGCCAAUUCAAUUAAAACUCCCUGUGUCUAAAAUGUUGCCUUUUACUCAAUGAAAGGCAUUUUAGUGUGUUUUAUGUGUAAUAUCAAAUAAAGAGUAUUUAACACUUGUCA